AUGAUGCAGAAGCUGGUGGUUUUGUUCAUCCUGCUCUCUGGCAGCUCUACAAAGUCUGAAGGUCUUACAGGGAAGGGUUUUACCUUCCCAUCAGAGUCUAAUACUGCAUAUGCAACGCUCACCCCUGAUGUGGAGGGACCUUAUUCAGCUCUGACACUCUGCCUGAGAUCCUUCCCUGAGAAUGGAAGAAUAUAUACUCUCUUCUCCCUGGCCACACCAUCAAAAGACAAUGAUUUUUUGCUGUAUCACCCAGAAAAAGGGAAAUAUAGUGUGUAUGUCAAUAAUAACGUUCAUAACUUCCUGGGGAUGCCAGACAACCAAAACGAAUGGAAUUCAGUCUGCUGGACCUGGGACGGUAAAACCGGACUUACUCAAGUGUGGGUGAAUGGAAAGCGCAGUAUAAGGGCAAAGAUCUACACAGGAUCUAUUGCAGCUGCAACUCCUAGCAUAAUCCUUGGCCAAGAACAGGACAGUUAUGGUGGGAGAUUUGAUGCAAAUCAAUGUUUUGUUGGAGACCUCUCAGAUGUGCACAUGUGGAAUUAUGUUCUUGAUCCUUGUGCAAUCCAGGACUACAUGAAGGCCUAUACAUUUAUACCAGGGAAUGUUCUGAAUUGGGAAGCACUAAAUUACAAUGUAAAUGGUGAAGUGCUUGUCGAACCAACUGGCUGUUAUUAG